CGCGCGUCGUGCCUGCGCACACGGGAAGAACGAGAGAGAGUAGAAGGAGGGAGAGAGGGGGACGUAGUAACUGCAAACGUGCGGCCGGGGGACAAAGUGAACCGGGCCGGUAAAGGAGAGGGGACGGCGGGCAGGACCCAUGAGCCGGCAACAAGCCUCGGUGGAGGGUGGAUAAAGCGGCAGGACGUUAGCUGGCGCUUCCCGGACUUAAAGACCUGGUCUGAUCUGCUUUUGAGUCCUGCAAAAUAAAAGUAUACAAUUUGGGAAAUUUCUGAACGUUAUUAGUAGACUACAUUCGGUCCAAUAAAGUGCCACGCUAUACGUUGUUGCCGGUAUCCUGAUGUAUACUGGCAAUACAAGACUCGAGCGCGGUGUGAACCCAACCUAAGAUGACCGGAUGCUGGUUCAUCGUCUAUAAGCAGCAAAACUGCAAUGGAGGCCAAGUCCUCGCUCCAGAGUUCCCACAUAUCCACCGAUUCUGCAUCCACAUUAAACAAUGAAGAUUUCGUCUUAGUACCCCUUCAAGUUGAUGGGUCUUCUAACAUGGAUGACAAACCUCAGUUGAAGAUAAUGUCCAAUGGAGAUGAACAGCUGGAAAAGGCGAUGGAAGAGAUACUGAGAGAUUCUGAGAAAAAGCAACAUGGCAACCAAGCUGGGCUUGACAGUGGUCCAGAACCAUACACUACUGAUUCCAGCAUGACUGCUGCCAGAAACCCUCCACUUACAUUAAUUUUAGACCCCAACAGUACAGAGGUUCCUGCACAGAGCACCAGACUGGCUACUAACCCUCCAGAAGAGGAAAGUGUUUCGUUUCACAAGCUCUCAUAUUUAGGUCAUAUGAAAGUUUCGGCUCCACGCAGCGAGACAGAAGCCCUGCGGGCCAUGUCCUCCAUGAGAGCGCAUUGUUCAGCUCCAAUCACUGUAACUCUCUACGUUCCCAAUGUUGCUGAGGGCUCCGUGAGAAUAAUGGAUCAAUCCACAAAUGCAGAAAUAGCUUCUUUCCCAAUCUACAAAGUCUUGUUCUGUGUCCGAGGACAGGAUGGGACUCCAGAAUGUGACUGCUUUGCAUUCACUUCACGGGAUCUUGACGCAGAUGAGUUUCAGAUCCAUGUAUUCAGCUGUGAGAUCAAAGAGGCGGUAAGUAGAAUUCUGUACAGCUUCUUUACUGCAUUCAAGCGUUCAUCUAAGCAGACCACAGACGUGAAGGAUUCCUCCUUGCCAACGCCGGAUAGUGAUGUGUUCACGUUCACAGUGUCCCUUGAGGUGAAAGAGGAUGACGGAAAAGGGAAUUUCAGCCCAGUGCCAAAAGAUCGAGACAAACUGUUCUUCAAACUGAAGCAAGGACUGGAGAAGAAAGUUGUGAUCACUAUCCAGCAGGUGUCAAACAAGGAAUUAGUAAUAGAAAGAUGUUUUGGAAUGCUGCUCAGUCCGGGCAAAAAUGUCAAAAAUAGUGACAUGCAUCUCCUAGAUAUGGAAUCCAUGGGGAAAAGCAGUGAUGGAAAAGCAUAUGUUAUUACAGGAAUGUGGAAUCCAAAUGUACUAGCUUUUCAACCACUCAAUGAGGAAACUUCUAAAGAUAAGAGAGUGUACAUGACCGUAGCUGUCGACAUGGUGGUAACAGAAGUGGUGGAGCCCGUCCGCUUCCUGCUGGAGACAGUGGUCCGCGUGUACCCCACAAAUGAGAGGUUCUGGUAUUUUAGCAGAAAAGCCUUCACGGAAACCUUCUACCUAAAGCUCAAACAGUCUGGUAAUAAGGGCUCUGGAGAUUCCAUUUACGAAGUCCAAAGCUUGCAGAGACAGUCAGAAAUGGUUGAGGCUCCUACCAGCCCAGCGAGUGCAAGUGGGUUAAUGUCCCCCCAAGAGGAAGAGGAGCCAGAGGAAGAGAGUGACAGUGAACUGUGGAGUGGCUCUGGAGACGUUUCCAAAGAAUGUCCUGAGAAAAUAUUGGGAUGCUGGGGUCAGCUGCUCCAGAAAUGGCAUAGCAAUCUAGGCGUGAGACCUAAGGGACUGUCAUCGUUGGUGAAGAGAGGAGGGGUGCCAGAAGCACUUAGAGCUGAGGUUUGGCAACUUCUUGCUGGCUGCCACGAGGAUCAAGAAAUGAUGGAGAAGUACAAGAACCUCAUCGUAAAAGAUUCUACCCAAGAGAGUGUCAUCAAAAGAGAUAUCCACCGUACCUUCCCUGCACAUGAUUACUUCAAGGACACGGAUGGAGAUGGACAAGAUUCGCUAUACAAAAUCUGUAAGGCAUACUCUUUGUAUGAUGAGGAUAUUGGCUAUUGUCAGGGCCAGAGCUUCCUAGCUGCGGUGCUGCUGCUUCAUAUGCCAGAAGAGCAGGCAUUUUGUGUACUGGCCCGGAUCAUGUAUGACUAUCAGUUUAGAAACCUUUACAAGAAUAACUUUGAAGAUCUACAUUGCAAGUUUUUCCAGCUUGAGCAUUUGUUGCAGGAUCAGCUGCCUGACCUUUACUCCCAUUUUACGUCACUGAAUUUGGAAGCCCACAUGUAUGCCUCUCAAUGGUUUUUAAGCUUGUUUACAGCCAAGUUUCCCCUCUGCAUGGUCUUUCACAUCAUGGACCUUCUUCUUUGUGAGGGUCUGACUAUCAUCUUCCAAGUGGCACUGGCUCUUUUGAAGACAUCCAAGGAAGACCUCCUACAAGCCGAUUUUGAAGGGGCGCUAAAGUUUUUCCGGGUACAGCUGCCAAAACGUUACAGGGCUGAAGAGAAUGCCCGGAGGCUGAUGGAGCAGGCCUGUAACAUCAAGGUGCCUACGAAAAAGCUGAAGAAAUAUGAAAAGGAGUAUCUGGCAAUGAGAGAGAGUCAACUGCAACAAGAAGAUCCAAUAGAAAGAUACAAGAGAGAAAACAGGAGACUCCAAGAGACCAGUAUGAGACUGGAACAAGAAAAUGACGACUUGGCGCAUGAACUGGUUACCAGUAAGAUCGCUCUGCGCAGUGACUUGGACCAGGCUGAAGACAAGGCCGAGGUUUUGAACAAAGAACUUCUGCUCACAAAACAAAGGCUGAUAGAGACUGAGGAAGAAAAGUGCAAGCAGGAGGAAGAGACCGCGCAGCUAAAGGAGGUCUUCAGAAAGCAGCUGGAAAAAGCAGAACAAGAAAUUAAAAAGACCACGGCCAUCAUAGCAGAGUACAAACAGAUAUGUUCCCAGUUGAGUACAAGGCUGGAAAAGCAACAGACCGCGAGUCGGGAGGAGCUGGAGAUUAUAAUGGCCAAGGUGAUGUCCUGCAGUCACUGCAGCGAGAUCUUCAGUAAGGAAGGAUCGGCACAAGGCUCCUCUAAAGACAAGACUGGCGACAGGGAUGAUGACGAGAAGGACUCUCUUAUGAAGCACCUGCGAGAGAUGGAGUUGGAGCUGGCGCAAACCAAACUGCAGCUUGUGGAGGCCAAGUGUAAAAUACAGGAGUUGGAGCACCAGCGAGGAGCACUGCUCAAUGAAAUCCAAGCUGCGAAAAACUCUUGGUUUAGUAAAACCUUGAACUCUAUUAAAACUGCCACAGGGACCCAACCCACCGCACAGUCCCCACAGGGAGCCCAGGCCUCCAGCCCAGUACUACAGGCGCCCAAGGAGAGCACAUAACAGCAGGAGAGAGAACCCCGCAAGAGCACAAGACGACCAAACAGGAAGCAGAGGACUCCCCAUCACCCGCUGAAUUCUCCUCUCCUUGCCGUGGAUUCUUUUUGCCUCCUGAGUCUGAACUUUUGGCUGCUGCCAGUUUUACACUUUAUUAUUUUAAUGGACUUGUAUUAUUUUAGUAUAACAAGGGCCCUGGGGCUUCAGCCAGCUGGUGAUCCCCCUCGGAAACAUUCAUAGGCUUUAGCCUGGGCUGCCUGAUUCAUGUGCGUGUUUUGUAUGUAUAAAAGAUGUUGACGUGAAAUUACAAAUGUUUAUAGAAAUGCAUAUUUACAUAUCGGACCGGAAGGAUUUGACACAUUGCUGCCUGGGAAGUGCAAAUUUCUUUUUUUUUUUUAUAUAUAUAUUUUAUUUCAUCAUUGGUCUAUGGGAUUUCUGCCCUUAGACACAGUGUUGUAUUGUAUGCAACCUGGCGUUUUAUUAACCCAUCACAA